GAGAGCAACAGUUGUCUUUGGAAUUAAAUGGGCUGUUACAGCCCGAGGUGCUUUGCUUUUCUGCUUUAAUCUUUCACAGCUUGUUGUCCUGGGCAUUUUAUUUUAAGGGAACUACUACACUCUCCAUAUCAACAGGAAACAGAAUUAAAAAAAAAAUGGCAAGGAGCCAAGACUAGUGACUGAAGUAAGAAGUAGGGAACUUAGAGUAAGUUUAGUUACUGGGACUUUGCAGGGCAAGCAGGAUCUGCAGUGCGUUUUACAGAAUGGGAGACAAGGAUACAACGCCUAUUUCACCGUGUAAAGAAGCUUUGGUUUCUUAGAUGAGUGUCGUUUCUCUGCGACUACGAGCCAAGCUGUUGAUCUUGGGAGGGGAUAAAGCAGCGUGUAAACGAGAAGAGAGGAGUGUAUCGGAGUGCUAUGGAGGGCAGUAACUUUGUUGCUGUGACUUUUAGAAGCCUUCAAGGAAAUUCCAUGGAGUUGGACUAAAAUAAAGUUUUGGGAUGCCUCUAUUUGGAUUAAAAUUUGGAAAGAAGAAAUUGAAAGAGGAAGAGAGACAACUUCAAGCAAACAACCGGGACUUCAAUCUACAGUUUGAAUAUGCUAGCAAUUCAAUUAAAACAUCAAAAUACAACUUCUUCACUUUCCUGCCUCUCAACCUGUUUGAACAGUUUCAGCGAAUAGCCAAUGCUUACUUUCUUUUCUUGCUGAUUUUGCAGCUGAUUCCUCAGGUUUCCUCAUUGUCCUGGUUUACGACAGUGGUGCCCCUAGUGCUGGUGCUGGCUGUUUCGGGAGUCAAGGAUGCCAUCGAUGAUUUCAAUCGACACAAAAGUGACAAACAUGUCAACAACCGCCCAGUCCAGGUGCUGAUCAAUGGCAUGUUGAAGGAUGAAAAAUGGAUGAAUGUCCAAGUAGGGGAUAUAAUAAAACUAGAAAACAACAACUUUGUGACGGCCGAUCUACUGUUACUGUCGAGCAGUGAGCCACACAGCCUGACAUAUAUCGAAACGGCUGAACUGGAUGGUGAAACAAACCUCAAGGUGAAGCAGGCCCUGACAGUCACUGCAGAGCUUGGAGAAGAUCUUCAGAAACUAACAGAGUUUGAUGGUGAAGUCAAAUGUGAAGCACCAAAUAACAAACUAGAUAAGUUCACAGGAACUCUUACUCUUCAAGAAGAGAAGUAUGCCCUGGACAAUGAGAAGAUGCUGUUGAGAGGCUGUACUAUUAGGAACACAGAGUGGUGCUUUGGUCUCGUUAUUUAUGCUGGGCCAGACACCAAACUAAUGCAGAACAGUGGAAAAACAACUUUUAAACGGACAAGCAUCGAUCGGCUCAUGAAUGUCCUUGUGUUAGUGAUCUUUGCAUUUUUAGCACUGAUGUGUCUUAUCCUAGCCACUGGCAAUGGCAUCUGGGAGUAUGAUAAGGGCUACUACUUCCAGGUCUAUCUGCCCUGGGCAGAAAUUGUUGAUUCUGCCCCCUACUCUGGCUUCCUCAUGUUCUGGUCAUACGUGAUCAUUCUAAACACAGUGGUGCCAAUUUCACUCUAUGUCAGUGUAGAGAUUAUACGCUUGGGCAACAGCUUCUACAUUGACUGGGACCGUAAAAUGUAUUAUCCAGUGAAUGACACACCAGCUCAGGCCCGUACCACCACACUCAAUGAAGAGCUGGGGCAAAUCAAGUACAUCUUCUCAGACAAAACAGGAACUCUCACUCAGAAUAUCAUGUGUUUCAACAAGUGCUCCAUCAAUGGCAAAUCCUAUGGCGAUGUGUAUGACCUGGCUGGCCAAAGGAUAGAAAUAAAUGAGAACACAGAGAAGGUGGAUUUCUCAUACAACCCAUUAGCUGACCCAAAGUUUGCCUUCUAUGACCACAGCCUGGUUGAAGCUGUGAAGCUGAGUGAUAUCCCGACACACAGGUUCUUCCGACUGCUCUCACUUUGUCACACAGUGAUGCCAGAAGAAAAGAAGGAAGGUAACUUGGUGUAUCAGGCCCAAUCUCCUGAUGAGGGAGCCCUCGUCACUGCUGCCAGAAACUUUGGAUUUGUUUUUCGGGCUCGCACACCAGAGACCAUCACUGUUGUGGAAAUGGGAGAAACAAAAACCUACAAGCUGCUGGCUAUUCUUGAUUUCAACAAUGUGCGCAAGCGAAUGUCUGUUAUUGUGCGGAGUCCAGAAGGUGACUUGACUUUGUACUGCAAGGGGGCUGACACUAUUCUUUAUGAACUACUUCAUUCAUCCUGUGGUUCUCUCAAAGAGGAGACAACAGAACACCUGAAUGAGUUUGCUGGUGAAGGUUUGAGGACACUUGUUGUGGCCUAUAAAAACUUGGACGAAAAAUACUUUGAGGGCUGGAUCAGGCGUCACCAUGUAGCAAGCACUGCCUUGGAAGGAAGGGAAGAUAAAUUGUCGGAGUUGUAUGAAGAGAUUGAAAAAGAUUUAAUGCUGCUAGGUGCCACAGCGAUUGAGGACAAGUUACAAGACGGAGUCCCGCAGACGAUUGAGACUCUGGCCAAAGCCAGCAUUAAGAUAUGGGUCCUCACUGGAGACAAACAAGAAACUGCAGUGAAUAUUGGUUACUCCUGUAACUUGCUGAAUGAUGACAUGGCAGAUGUUUUCAUUAUUGAAGGCAGCACAUCUGACGACGUACUUAACGAACUCAGGAAUGCAAGGGAAAAGAUGAAGCCAGACUCCUUUCUGGACAGUGAUGAAAUUAACAUUCAGUUUAAAAAAUCUUCCAAAAAACCAAAAAUUCUACCUGAUGAACAAGCAAAUGGAGUGUAUGGUCUUGUUAUCAAUGGCCAUAGCCUGGCCUAUGCACUGGAAGGGAAUCUCGAACUGGAGCUGGUGAGAACAGCCUGCAUGUGCAAAGUGGUGAUCUGCUGCCGGGUGACUCCACUGCAGAAGGCCCAAGUGGUGGAGCUGGUGAAGAAGUACAAGAAGGCUGUGACCCUGGCAAUCGGAGAUGGGGCUAACGAUGUCAGCAUGAUCAAAACUGCCCACAUUGGAGUUGGCAUCAGUGGCCAGGAGGGGAUGCAGGCAGUCUUGUCAAGUGACUUCUCCUUUGCGCAGUUUCGUUAUCUCCAGCGCCUACUCUUAGUCCAUGGCCGGUGGUCCUACAUCCGCAUGUGCAAGUUCCUCAAAUACUUCUUCUAUAAGAAUUUUGCCUUCACGUUAGUGCAUUUCUGGUAUGGAUUCUUCUCUGGCUUCUCAGCACAGACUGUAUAUGAUGAGUGGUUCAUUACGCUUUACAAUUUGGUAUAUACCUCCCUCCCAGUGCUAGGAAUGAGUCUCUUUGAUCAGGAUGUGGAUGAUCGCUGGAGUAUGCUGUUUCCUCAGCUCUAUGUGCCUGGCCAGCAAAACCUCUAUUUUAACAAAAUAGUGUUUGUCAACUGCAUGUUGCAUGGGAUUUACAGUUCCCUCAUUCUUUUCUUCAUCCCUUAUGGGGCCAUGUACAAUACAAUGAGAAGUGAUGGGAAAGCCAUUGCUGACUACCAGUCCUUCGCACUGGUGGCCCAGACCUGCCUAUUGAUUGUGGUGUCUGUCCAGAUUGGCUUGGACACCGCUUACUGGACAGUUGUGAACCAGUUCUUCAUCUGGGGCAGCCUUUCUGUUUACUUUGCAAUCACCUUCACCAUGUAUAGUGAUGGCAUGUACCUGAUCUUCACAGCCUCAUUCCCAUUUAUAGGUACAGCUCGAAACACCCUCAGCCAACCAAAUGUGUGGCUAGCAAUCUUCCUCAGCGUUGCCCUCUGUGUGUUACCUGUAGUUGGCUAUCGAUUCCUGAAGGCUCAGUUAAAGCCCACUGCCAGUGAUAAAGUCCUACUCAAGAUCAAAGAAGCCAAGAAGAGGCCACCUCCACCCUCUCCCAAGAGGCGUCUGCGUCGGACCAGUACCCGCCGCUCAGGCUAUGCCUUCUCCCAUCAGCAUGGCUUUGGAGCGCUUAUUAUGUCUGGAAGAAACAUGCGGCCAAAAUCACCUUUUGCUACAACAGGAACAUUCUCACCCAAUAGUGAUAAAAACAAACACAAAGGACUGUAAAAAAAAAAAGAAAAGAAGAAGAAGAAAAAGAAAAAGAAAAAGAAAAAAGAAAGAAAAGAAAAAAAACCCUAAAGGGCUGUCAGGAAAGGAAACUGUGCUCCCUGCAAAGCACCGAGCCAGUGGCUGCUCAGAAGUCUGCCAUGUGGGCUACCAAAGCAAAGACUUGGUCUUUUCCUUUUACCCACUUGCAGUCUCCAACUGCAGUUUCUGUUCCAAAGAUAUAUGCUGCUCCUAGGGAAGUAAGGAAAGAGUGGGAAGGGCAGGAUGAAUUAAAGCUGGUUUGUAUUCCAGAGGGCUUCCCUGGAACAAGAGAGAGAACAUGCUGUGGGAGGCUUCUUCACUCACUAAGAUUGUUUAUGGUGCCAUUUUUUUCUCCCUUUAACUAAAUACCUCAGAACAAAGUAAAGUCCAGGCUGAGGAACACAUGGAAUUGGUGAUGACUUUUACAUUUGUGUGCCUGCCUUUUUUUCUGUCAUGAAUCCAUUCUGGGCCAUAUUCCUGGGUUGAAAGUAUUGACCCCAGGUGUGCCUUAGCUCCAGCCACACAACCCUCAAAUCCCCAAUCUUUGUAAUACGUGUAAUUUUGUAGCCUUUUGACUAUAAUGUACAAAAGCACUUUGGAAAGUAUCAGUUGUAAACAACCUCCUUCCAAACUAAUAGUUAAUCCAGUUUCUCAGAAGCUGGCCAGUGCCACAAGUGCAACACACUUCCUGCAUCUGCAGUCUAGAGGUGCUGCAAGCUCAGAGACAUGCCUAGCUGAUCAAGGGACAAGGACUUGACAUUCACCAGUCUGCCCUGUAUCUGCAAUGCAAAUCUGCUCUUGUUGUAAAUGAUCAUUGUCAGAGCCAUCUCAGGUGUUGUAGCUGAGUACCAAUUUCUUCUAGACUUAAAAGAGAAGGGUAAAAGAAUUUCAGGCUUCCAUAGAGAUCAAGCCACAAAAUCUAGCACAGAGGAGCCCAUACCUUAGCUAGGGCUCAGCUGGGAGCCUCCAAUACAAGGUAGCUUUUCUCAUCAUAAUAGACUGAGUCAGCCUCAGUCUUCUGAGGCACAAGCAGAUCAGACUUGAUGAAAAUUACACAAGAAAUAGAGGAGGGACAGAUGCUAUUUCCCGGCUGGUGCAGAGUGUCCUGCCCUUUACUCCACUGAUGCUGUUGGUCCGUGCAACAGAUGAAGUGUGAUCUGGAUGCUCUUUCACCCUCCCCUGAUGAUCAGUGUGGUCAAGUUUCAGAGGAACUUAGUGAGGGCUCAGGGGCCUCUGCAGAGUUUCUCUGUGGUGGCUGCUAUUUUAUGCAGAAAGGUUCAUGUAUCAAUCAUCAGUUCCAGAUAGCAGAAGGCUCCACCAAAUUCUAUCAGUCUGACUGCCAGCAGAGGGACCUAAAAUGCAUAAACACAGCCAAAGAUGUGGUGAUAUUGAGAAACUGAGACUUGCUCACUGGUUUGUUACACAGUACUGUAAAGCUAACAUCAGUGGGAUUACUAGGUGGAAAGCCAGAAUGAGAAUCUGCCCCACCAGUGCUGCUGAGCUGUCUAAAUGGAGGGGUUUUUUUGUGCAGCCUUUGCUGUUAUACUUUCUCAGCUCCUUUAUAGAAGUUUAGACUCUUUCCUCAUUUUGAAAUGGGAUUUUUGCCCCCUAAUCAUCUGAUAUUUAUUGGGAGUGCUCUGCCUUGAGUCUCUGAGCUAUCAGUGGAGGCAAUGUGUCAUGGCAACAAUCUAGCCAUGUCCCUGCUUCAUCUGAGCUGCGUGUAACACCUUACCUACUGCCUGUAGUCCUAGUUUCAGCAGUUACUGUAUAUUUUUUUUUAAGCUCUAAUAAAAGGUUUCAUCUGCCUGGAUUUAACUCAGCACAGAAAAAGUGGUCUGUUGCACCUGCUGCUGUGAGAGGCUCAUUGCAAACAGUAGUAUUAAAUUUCAGUAUAGCCAGUGCAAAUUAGACCCGGGUCUGGAUCCAGAUUUCAGCAGCCUGGAGCUGCUUGCUAGGGAAGAAGCACAUUCUAACCCAGUGAUCUCCCCUGCAAGGAUAUAUCUAAAUAAAGGGAGAGCCUGCAUCCCGACUGAGAAUACUCUGCUGUGAUAGUUACUGCUCUUCACCUCCCUCUGAUUUACAAGUCACAUUGCAGAGACAAUCAUAGGUUUCUGGUUAGGAUAAUGCCAUUCACAGUCAGCCUCCAUGAGGCUAGAAGAAAAAAGGAGUUAUGCAGGUCAGCAGACACCCCCACAAUACCAAGGUUGGCUUGUGGACUGACAGACCUGUCAAAGCUAUUCCAAGUAUGCAACGCAGUGGACUAUAAUGCUAAGCAGUAGCGAGAAAACUCUGAGACUGUGUCACUCUUCUCAUGUGACAUGUUGGUGAGCUUGCUCCAGCUACAAAUAUUUCAAUGGCUUGACAAGUUCAACAUUGGAAACAUAUCAACUGGCAGUGAUGUUCAAGUUACAUCACUCUUGAUUUUUGUAAAAUUAUUUUUUAAAAUAAAGAGAGACCAUUGAGAUGACGGA